AGAGCUUUUUUGCCACAGACAUGUAUGGACACACUUUCAUAAGGGCUAUUAAGAAUUUUAAAGGAUUCACCACCAACAGCCGCAUUGGAGUUAGGCUAAGCUUUUGAGGUGUUGAAAUAGUACAAUAAUCCAUGAAAUUACUGCAAUAAGCUUUUGAGGUGUUGAAAUAGUACAAUAAUAUAUCCAUGAAAUAUCACAUUCGUUUUUCCAUCCAUUCCAGUCUAUCUCUACCUUUCCCCAUCUCCCUUCAAAAAUAAAGAAUCUUUGAACUCUGCCAGUAUGUUAUGUUAGAUCUAGGGCUGUUUAAAAUAAAUGAAAAAAAAGUGGUCUGAUUGAAUGAAAUAUCUCAUUAGUCCUCCCAUCACCCUUUCAAUUCUGUAACAAUGGCGGCAACAAAAGCUGAAUUCAUGCUGCUUCUGAUUCUCAAUGUGAUCAUCAUGCAAAGAUUAGCUGAAUCCGGUGUGCCACAACAAGAAGUGGAAGCUGUUGGGAACAUUCUUGCUUCCAUGAAUGCAACAAGUUGGAGAUUUGAUGGUGCUGAUUGCAGUCUUUAUAUGGUUUCUGAAGUGCCAAAGCCAUCUCAAGAAGCUAAUGCCAGCAUUGGAUGUGAUUGCAACAUUGGCAACCAUACCGAUGAUUGUCAUGUCGUAUGGAUCACACACCAGUUUUGCAGCCUUGAUGGGGUACUGUCACCUGAAUUAGUAAAGCUCCCUUACCUCCGGUCCAUAGAUUUUGCUUACAAUUACUUAAGUGGCACAAUACCGCCUGAAUGGGGUUCAACAACGUUACAUGAAAUCUCUCUUCUUGGUAACCGUUUAACUGGAUCAAUCCCACGGGAACUAGGCAAUAUCAGCACUCUCACAAAACUGAACUUUGAAGCAAACCAGCUUUCAGGAACUAUUCCAUCUGAGUUAGGGAGAUUAACAAAUUUAAAAACAUUGAUAUUGUCUUCAAAUAGGUUGACCGGAAGGCUGCCAACGACCCUCGGUCAACUAGGAAAUCUAACAGACUUUAGGAUAAACGAAAACAAUUUCAGCGGGUCGAUACCUGAUUUUAUACAAAACUGGAGAUUACUUACUAGAUUACAGAUGGUGGCGGGUGGACUCAUGGGACCUAUUCCUUCUAACAUAUCUCUUCUAGAGAAUCUAACCGAUCUGAGAAUUAGCGAAAUAACCGGACCCGCUCAACCUUUUCCUCAGCUUAACAAUACUCAUGGAUUAAAAAGAUUGAUCUUGAGAAAUUGCAACAUAUCUGGAGAAAUACCGGAAUAUAUCUGGCUAAUGAGGGAACUUGAAGUUUUGGAUUUAAGUUUUAAUAGGUUAGUAGGGAGAAUAUCUAAUAACAUCUUGGGGAGGACCUUGAGAUUUGUGUUUUUGACUGCUAAUAUGCUAAGUGGAGACAUACCAGAUACACUUUUGUUAAAUGGAGCUACUAUUGAUUUUUCCUACAACAAUUUUACAUGGCAAGGACCUAAUCAAGCCACAUGCCGACAAAACCAGAAUUACUAUGUAAACUUAUUCAGAAGCUCCUCGACAGGAAAGCCAAUACAUGAUAUGCUCCCGUGCACGGAGAAUAUCAAGUGUCCUAGAUAUGCGUGCUCUUUACAUGUUAACUGUGGUGGGAAUGAUUUAACGCUCAGGGAAAAUGAGCAGUCUGUUCUUUAUGAAGGAGACGCCAAUGUGCAUGGUGGUGCCGCCAGGCUGUACAAUGCCGCCAGGAAAUGGGGACUUAGUACCACCGGUGACUUCAUGGAUGACAACAAUUUUCAAGAUGCGCAAUACGCAGAAUCUUUACAGGGCAACACGAGGUUACCUACACUUUAUACAACCGCACGGCUCUCACCACUUACACUCACUUACUUCAGCAACUGUUUGGAGAAUGGUGAAUAUUCUGUUAAACUGCAUUUCGCAGAGAUACAGUUCACUAACGAUAGCACGUAUAAAAGUCUGGGCAGGCGGAUAUUUGAUAUCUAUAUUCAGGGACGGCGGGUCAGAAAGGAUUUUAAUAUCGAAGAUGAGGCUGGUGGUGUUAGACGGCCCGUGGUCGUGCCAUUUAACGCUAGUGUGACUGAUAGCAUCUUGGAGAUCCGGUUUUACUGGGCGGGUAAAGGGACGACCUGUUUUCCUAAAAGAGGAGUUUACGGGCCUCUUGUAUCAGCUAUUGACGUUGACCCGCAUUUUAAAACUUGUUCAAUGGGUGGAAAAAAGUCGAAUAAAGCUGUUUAUAUAGGUGUUGGCAUUGCUGUCCCGUUUCUUAUUUUCUUGAUCUUGGUAGUUUUGUGGCGGAAAAAAUGUUUUAAAGGCCGAAAAGCGAAUGAUAAAGCUUUUGAAGGAAUGGAGCUUAAAACGGUUUCAUUUUCUUUGAAACAACUAAAGAUUGCUACAAACAACUUCAAGGCUUCAAACAAAAUCGGGGAAGGAGGUUUUGGGGCUGUUUACAAGGGUACGUUGAGUGAUGGCACGGUGGUUGCAGUGAAGCAGCUUUCGUCUCACUCAAAGCAGGGAAACCGUGAGUUCUUGACUGAGAUCGGUGUGAUUUCGUGUUUACAUCACCCGAAUCUUGUUAAACUUCAUGGAUGUUGCAUUGAAGGAGAUCAGUUGUUGCUGGUUUAUGAGUACAUGGAAAAUAAUAGCCUUGCAAAUGCUUUGUUUGGUGGUAAAAGUGGAUUAACGUUGGAUUGGCUAACGCGGUUCAAGAUAUGUAUUGGGAUUGCUCGAGGUUUAGCUUUCCUUCACGAUGAAUCGAGGCUCAAAAUUGUCCACCGGGACAUCAAAGCCACAAAUGUGCUACUUGAUAAAGAUCUUAACCCGAAAAUUUCGGAUUUCGGAUUGGCAAGGCUACAUGAGGACGAUAAGAGCCACGUUAGCACACGAGUUGCCGGAACAAUUGGAUACAUGGCACCCGAGUAUGCCCUCUGGGGUCACUUGAGUGACAAGGUAGAUGUUUACAGUUAUGGAGUUAUGCUAUUGGAAAUCGUUAGCGGGAAGAACAACACCACUUACAUACCAGUUAACAACUCCAUUUGUCUUCUAGAUUGGGCUUGUCAAGUGGAAACAAGUAAACAAUACGAAGAGCUUUUCGACGAGAGAUUGGAGUCGACGAUCAACAAACAAGAAGCGGAAACCGUCGUGAAAGUAGCGCUUCUGUGCACAUACAAUUCGCCAACGAUGAGGCCAUCAAUGCCGGAGGUUGUAAACAUGCUCGACGGAAGCACCAGAGUACCGGAAAUAGUUCCGGAACGAAUCAGUAACUUCGAAGAUCUGAGAUUAAAAGCAAUAAGAGACUUUCGAAGUGACAUGACAAGUGAAGGAAGUCAAACCGGUGGUCAAACUGAAAAUUUUAACACGAAUCGGACUGAAACGUACUAUUGUUUGACCUCUAAUGAUGAUGCGUUUGAGAUCCGGUCAGUUGAUAAAUGAUCUUACUGAAAAUCAGGUUCAAUUUUUCGCGAACGGUGUUGAGUUGUAGAAUUUAGGGUUUGAAUGGUUGACGCAACACAAUUAAUUCAAUUGGUGUGAAUUUGUGUUUUA